AUGUCCAGUAGCAAACGUCAUUCCGUCGCCCCUUCGAGUGGUCCUAAACCCCCCGUCAAUUUCUCAUCGUCCCUGACCAUACCCAAGGAGGCCGUCCUCGUCGGCACGCACUCGAUCACAAUCCAGUCCGAAACGUUGAUCCACCCCCGCGCGCGCUUCAACUCGACCCCCGGCAGCAUCCUGAUUGGCCGAAGAUGCGUCAUCCAAGAGCGGUGCCAGGUCGGCGCGGAGCCCCAGGUGGAGGCUGACGAGGAUGGAGGUUCGUCUCCUUUGGGAGGUGGUGUGACGUUGGGAGACUACGUCGUCAUCGAGGCCGGGACGACGAUCGAGUCGGGGGGCACUGACGUGGGAGAGGGCACCGUCAUCCAGCCUGGCAGCAAGAUUGGUAGCGGUGCCAAGAUUGGCAAGUACUGCACGAUAACGUCGAGAAGUGUUAUAGCACCCCGCGACACUGUGCCCGAUCAUACUGUUGUUUUUGCAAAUGGGAAGCGAAGGCUCGAUCGACGAGCGGUCGAACCACGCAAACUGGCGCUCGUCAAGCAGAUUAGCGUAUCGAGAAAGAUGAUUCGAAGCGACCCCGAGAAGUUCCAGUGA